CUCUCCACGUCCCUCGUCCAAGCACAGGCUUAAAAGGGAUGGAAGAAUUCUGUAUAUGCGUUGAGCGGCCAUCACUCUUCACUGAUUAUCCAUGGAAUAGUUCCAAAACCUCUCUCCCCCUCUCUCUCGUUCGCUGAGGAUGGAGCUCUCGCUCUCAACCUGCUCUUCCGUUCGAAUUUCAGCUAAAUCUCCUCCUGGAAGGUCUCGUGGCUACACAAGAAUUCCCACUAAGCCUGCUUACCUGUCUUCCGAUUUCUUGCCCAAAUGCUCCGACUUCUUCCCUUCACCUGGACUGUACGCUCCCAGAAGAUGCAGAACGGCUACUUCAAAGAGGCAACAGAAGCGUAUUUCCAUCUGGGCCUGUGCACAAGUUGGUGCAGCUGGAUCUGAUCCAGUUCCGAAGAAGGUUUUUGAGUUCAAAAAUGCAUUCUGGAGAUUUUUAAGGCCCCACACCAUACGUGGAACAACACUAGGGUCAAUUUCUUUAGUAGCAAGAGCUCUGAUUGAGAACACAAAUCUGAUAAGAUGGUCAUUAUUGUUUAAGGCCUUUGCUGGUCUUCUUGCUCUAAUUUGUGGAAAUGGAUAUAUUGUUGGCAUCAAUCAGAUAUAUGAUAUUGGAAUUGACAAGGUAAACAAACCUUAUUUACCCAUAGCAGCUGGAGAUCUUUCAGUUAAGUCUGCAUGGUUCUUAGUGUUGCUGUUUGCAGUGGCUGGCCUUUUGAUUGUUGCAAUGAACUUCGGACAAUUUAUCACUGGCCUAUACAGUCUUGGUCUAUUUCUUGGAACCAUCUAUUCUGUUCCCCCAUUUCGAAUGAAAAGGUUUCCUGUUGUAGCAUUUCUUAUUAUAGCCACGGUCCGAGGUUUCCUUCUUAAUUUUGGUGUAUAUUAUGCCACAAGAGCUGCCCUGGGUCUCACUUUUGAGUGGAGCUUACCCGUGGCUUUCAUCACAACUUUUGUAACAUUGUUUGCUCUGGUCAUUGCCAUAACUAAAGAUCUUCCAGAUGUAGAGGGGGAUAGAAAGUUUCAAAUAUCUACUUUGGCAACAAAACUUGGUGUUAGAAACAUUGCAUUCCUUGGUUCUGGCCUUUUGUUGUUAAACUAUAUUGGUGCUGUGGUAGCAGCGGUGUUCAUGCCACAGGUUUUCAAACGCAACGUAAUGAUACCUGCACAUGCCAUCUUGGCAUUGUGUUUAAUUUUCCAGGCAUGGUUUUUGGAAAAAGCAAAUUAUACCAAGGAAGCAAUCUCAGAGUUUUAUCGGUUCAUAUGGAAUCUCUUCUAUUGUGAGUAUAUCAUGUUCCCUUUCAUCUAACAAAGUAUGAAAUCCAGAAAAAUGUUAGCCAGAGUGUAAAGGUAUUUCUUGUGCCUGUCUGUCUGCGUCUGUCUGUCUGUCUUGUAAAGAUGAAUUGCUGCUUGUACUUCAACCAGACAUUUUUCAUUAACACAAAAGUAUCUUAAUAGAGUUUUAAGGACUGUUUCUUCA